AUGGAGGUGGCGGAGGAUGUCGCUGUCUGCGCUACUGUCUUCCUCAAGCACACAAAUCCAAAAAAGAGGGGAUGGAGGCGGAACAGAAAAUCCAAUCUGGAGCUGGCGGCGCAACACGGACGACGCUGGCUGCAGACGGGGGGCACGUACCUGGAGAUCUGGGCUUGGAGAGCGAGCAGCAACAGCAGCAGGCAGGCAGGCAACAACCAGAAGCCGCCAGCCGCGGCGGCCAACGAGGAGGCGGCCUCACCUCGGGCCGUCCAGCAGUGA